AUGGAGGAAAGUGAGCAGGACAGCGUCAUCGAGGAUGAUUCCGCAGACACCGAAAGACAAGAAACACGGCACCCAUGGCCUUACCUGAAAGAACUUUUCGUUGUUGUUGGCUAUAAGAAUGAUUCGUGGCGGAUGCAGUGCAACCUGUGCUUGCCCAAAAAACACGAACUUUUGGCAUUCAAGAAUUCACCGUCCAAUCUGAAGAAGCACAUUCAGGCAAUUGAUGUUCUUCAAGGAGAGACCAAUGUGCAGAUGGGUUGGCUCAUUCCCACUAUUACUCUUCUCAAGACUAAACUACAACACCUUCGACUCUCCUCCAAGUGCUGUGUGCCGCUCAUAGAUGCUCUUCAAUCUGGACUUCAGAAGCGCUUUGGUGAGAUGCUCAAGGAUCCUGAGCUCAUUGCAGCUUCCAUUCUGGUGCCCAAAUUCAGAAGAUGCUGGACCACAGAUGAGGGCCUUCUACAACUCGGCCUUGACUACAUCAAAAGCCAUCUCAAAGAGCUACCUGUGACUGUCAGUGACUCCACGCCUUCUUCAGAGGAAGAUGACUUUUUUUCACCUAUCAAGCAAGGGAACUUGCAAGAAAACACCAAACAGCUUGAGUCAUACCUGGCCUGUCCCAAUGACACCAUGGAAAUCUUGAAGUCAUUUCCUGCAGUCCUGGACCUUUCACUACCACUCCUUUCACUGAACACUCCACUACCUGCUUCUGCUGCCUGCGAAAGGCUCUUCAGCACAGCAGGACUCAUUUUCCGACCCAAAAGGGCACGCAUCCAUUCACAAAACCUUGAAAACAUGCUUCUGUUGAAGCUAAAUCCAAAAUUUUGGUAG